CUUGUAACUACUCAACAACUACACAGCACCUUUACUUGUAGUCAGUCCAGAAGAGGUCGAUGCCUUGAUGUAAGAGAGAAAUUGACGGUGGCUUCACACUCCAAACACUGACACUCUUCGCCAUGGCCGCUGAGCUACGAGAGCUCCGCCAUUCCAGUUCUCUCGGAAGCAGAUCUUCUUCAUCCCCUCGUAAAAACCCUCAACAACAACAGCAACAGCAGCGAGACGACGACGUUUCCCCCCUUCUCUCCGAUUCCGAUGAUACUGCUGACGGCGUUCACUUGCGUAACUCACGUGACCACCGACCUCCCGUCUUCUGGUCCCACUUCUUCUCCGAAGAUUCUAGGAGUUCUCCAUCAAAGCUCUCCCUUUUCUUGAUCAUCUUUCUCGUUGUUGCUGGAUUUGUCUCCGUUUCUUCCCUCAUUCGUCGUUUGAAUGCACCCUAUUUAUGCCAGAAGGAGGGCCUUAUUCUUCAGUGUCCUCGGGUCAAAGAGGCGCCUUCACUAUGGGAGAAUCCGUUGUCAGCCACUACGUCUUGGAAACCCUGUGCAGAGCGUCGUAGUAGUGGCAUAUCAGAUCCUCCUGCAGAGAAUGAAACAAAUGGAUAUAUAUUUAUACACGCGGAAGGUGGUCUUAAUCAGCAAAGGAUUGCCAUAUGCAAUGCAGUGGGCGUGGCCAAAAUAUUAAAUGCUACCCUUAUACUGCCAGUGUUGAAGCAGGACCAGAUCUGGAAAGACCAAACGAAAUUUGAAGACAUUUUUGAUGUUGAUCAUUUCAUUGACUAUUUAAAGGAUGAUGUGCCCAUUAUUCGUGACAUUCCAGAGUGGUUUACAGACAAAUCGGAGUUAUUUACAAGCAUCAGGCGGACGGUGAAGAACAUCCCAAAGUAUGCUUCAGCCCAAUUUUAUAUUGAUAAUGUUCUGCCUCGAAUCAAGGAGAAGAAAAUAAUGGCCUUAAAGCCUUUUGUUGAUAGACUCGGGUACGAUAAUGUUCCUCAAGAAAUCAACAGGCUGAGGUGUAGGGUGAACUAUCACGCUCUGAAAUUUCUUCCUGAGAUUGAGCAGAUGGCUGAUUCACUGGCAUCAAGAAUGAGAAAUCGCACAGCUAAUUCAAACCCAUACAUGGCUCUUCAUCUUAGAUUUGAGAAGGGCAUGGUGGGUCUAUCUUUCUGUGAUUUUGUUGGGACCAGAGAGGAGAAAGUCAAAAUGGCAGAGUACAGGAAGAAGGAAUGGCCAAGACGCUAUAAGAAUGGUUCCCAUUUAUGGCAAUUAGCUCUGCAGAAACGAAAAGAAGGUCGAUGUCCACUUGAACCUGGUGAAGUGGCUGUUAUUCUCCGUGCUAUGGGAUACCCAAAAGAGACCCAAAUUUAUGUUGCGUCUGGGCAAGUUUAUGGGGGGCAGAAUCGGAUGGCACCACUCAGGAACAUGUUUCCUAAUCUGGUAACGAAGGAGGAAUUGGCAAGUAAGGAAGAGUUGGAUGGCUUCAGAAAGCAUGUUACAAGCCUGGCAGCGCUUGACUUCUUGGUUUGCUUGAAGUCUGAUGUAUUUGUGAUGACCCAUGGAGGCAACUUUGCUAAGCUUAUCAUUGGCAAUAGGCGAUACAUGGGCCAUAAGUUAAAGUCCAUUAAACCAGAUAAAGGCCUUAUGUCCAAAUCUUUCGGGGAUCCAUACAUGGGCUGGGCCACCUUUGUUGAGGAUGUUGUGGUGACCCACCAAACAAGGACGGGUUUGCCGGAGGAAACCUUCCCUAAUUAUGAUCUAUGGGAAAAUCCUCUAACCCCUUGCAUGUGUAGGGCAUGAAGAGUGCACAUAUAUGGAGUUUGGAAUCAGGUUUUGUUUUGUAAGAAGAAAAUUUGGAGUGGCCAUUGUCCCAAAACAGAUGCCUCCUUUUUCAAGAUGGUUUUAAGGAGUAUCAGGUUGAAAAUUGCUUUAUCGAUGCUCCUUACUCGGACCAGUUAUGGUUAAAGUAUGUACCGAAGUUUGACGAAUCUGGAGGUUGAUAGACAGUGUUCAGAGGGAGACUGGUUUCACGAAGUUCUCUAUAGGGGGUUGUCAUAUAAUUGUUCUUGUACUAACUGUUAGGCAAUUAUAACUUGUAUAUUAAUUUAAAUAGAAAACUAAGAUGCCCAAUUGCUACUAUUAUAUUUUUUGAUGUGUAUUUUCACUUCCCACAUGUCGUUUUGCUCGGCGCAGCUGAAUACGUGAUUGUUCUAUUAGUGUCAACCAGGAACCAACUCACUCAUUUAGAGUAAAAAUUGGUUGCUUACUGCUUCCAUCUCAAAAUGAACUUUAAACUUGCUUUGUCAGGGUUGAAGGUUGUU